CAGUUUUAGGUUUAUCUCUCGAUUUCGAAGAUGAUUGUUUGUCAAGCUUCAAAUCAACUUAGUUAAUCAUCUAAAACACUGUGCAAUUAAAGCAUACGGACAGCGGCUUACUUUUUCUUAUGACGCUGUGUUAUAUUUAACAAACAGUGUUAGUAUCCGAUGUAAAUCUAUAGGCAUGGGCUUGCUAUUUCAUGUCUAUUUUGCAUCGAUACAGAAAUUGGCGCUGUAUUCGUUAUUUCGAAUGUUCAUACGGUAUUUUUCGAUUUAUUUCAUUAGUUCACGUUCAAUCGUUACGAACUCUCAGAAGCGAAGUAUCAGCUGACCGUUGUAAUGAGCGAUAGUCCACAAUUGGACGAAGCAAAAUCAACGGCAUAAAACCGUUUCAAAUGUGAUUCGUUAAAUUGAGUCCGAUAUUUUCUUGCUAGUCCAGCUGAGUGAACCCAGCUUGGGUGCUUGGUGUUGAAAGUGCGAUAUAAUUGAAGCAGUGCGAGGGAUGACCGCAAAAUCCGAAAAACUAUCGAGUGCUCUAAUCCUGCGGGCUAAAUUACCCAAUACGAUUGCUUUCUUUUGCGAGAUAUGUGGAAAAGAGACUGAAGACCCGAGAUCCACCGUAUGUGUUCCAUGCUCUUGCAUAUUUGAUCUUUCUACGGAGAAAACCGCAGUGACUGAAAGCUUCAUAUGUGAUGAUAAAGUUGACAAACGAGAUAUUCUCGAAAGCAGCUGUAAUGAGCAGAGUUCGUUUAGUCAGCUUAAUCAUAGAAAAAAGCCGCGAAUGACGUCCAAGAAAGCCGAUGGAUCUGCAUAUGAACAUGUUGAUAAAUUGGUUGAGAUUGUUACUGCAUCUAUGGUGCACCUAGCUAAGCAGUAUGAGGAACUUCAAGAUUUACGUUCUCGUGUAGAAAAACUAGAAUCCUUAGCGAAGAAAUUUGUGGAAGAAUACCCAUCUAAAAGGAGUACAUCUAAAAAAGCUCGUAAUAGUAGUCCUCCUCGCGGGACUGGCAUAGCCCCAAGGAUUUCUAAAACCAAAGCCCGACAAAGUGAAAAAGAGGACCAUUUCGUUGUAAAUACGACAGAUCUUAACGCAACGACUGAAGACGCAGGCAGCGCAGACAGGCGUACAAGGCUGAUUGCGACGAUUGUGCUCCUGGUUGCUGUUGUGAUGUUCCUUGUAGCGGCUAUGUACGUAGCAUGCUACUGAUAGAAAUGUGGAGAACCUGUAAGAAAAUAUGGGGAACCUAUUCAAAUUGGUCUAGAAGUUAAAUUUUGUGACAGACUGAUGUCUUGAUUUUGACAGACUUAUUGUAUAUGUGCGAUUACGUGCCAGCCUUUGCUUCGAUUGAAACACCUUGACUUUAACUGUUAUCUGCCUCAAGCCAAAAUUACCUCUAUCGAGGUAAAUGGUUACUAGCAACAGUCAGAGUACAAUAAUUAUAUCCAUAUGUAGCAUUAAACCUGAAUUACAGUCUGAGAGCGGCUACAAUAGAUAAAUAUAGUUACUCCCCUUGAUUUUCAAGUAUAUAGACAUAUUUAUUUCGUACAAGCUAACGUACUAUUGGAUACCAAGAAGUAAAUCUUUGUUCAGUUUGGAUAAUCAAUGAACGACAAGGUUUAAUAGCUUGCCGCUGUUAGACUGUCAGCCAUUGUGAAGAGUAUCUUUUGUAGUGUUUUACAUUUUUUAAUCCUAUUGUAAGAACGGGGGCAUGAUAUAUUGAGUUGUAUGUUCUUAAACGUACUGUUACAACGUACCCCUCCGCGUUGACUUUUCAGUUCUUUGCCGAAGAUAUUGUCAUCGCGUAAUUAAAUAUAGUUGUAAACGAAGUGUAUUUCAAUCGAGGAGGUAUUAUUUGCUCACAAGUUUUAACGUUCCGUCGAGGAUAGAUAUCGGCGUCCCAUAGUCUCUAGUGCCCCUCUGACAAUUGACCUUAUUUUGGACAGCGGCGCCUUGUAGAUAAACAUCCUGUAGGCGAGCUUACUCGCAUACAAAUUUUCAGUGUCAUUAAGGUGCAAUUAAGAAAGCUACGAGCCGAGUAGCCCGUAGUUUUGUAUCAAACUUAGGGCAGAACAGGCACGGUAGUCUGUCAACGAUUCUAAUUUACCUAGACGCAACAACAAACACUUUGAAAAUCGUAUUGUUUUUAUUGCAGCAUAAACUUUUAUAGAUCUGCUAAUCCAUUAGUUGUACAUUACUGAAAUUGUUAAUAAAAGUGGA